ACUCAUCAAUUUUGCGGCAAAACGACCGUUUUAUAAUAUUUUACACACAAAACGAAUUUGAUUCAUCUCAUAAGAUUUUAGCGGUUUAAGAUGGGUGGUUGAGGUGGUGUGAGAAUGAUUCUUUCUGGGUUUUGAAGGAGUGAGGCUUGAUUUGUUUUGCUUAAAUUUAUGUUAAAAGGUCGUGUUCUAUAAAUAAAAACCUUGAACGUCAUGAGUGAUUUGUUUACUAGUACAUAAAAAACAUCUCUGACAUAACUUUGGUCAACUCAUAGUUGAAUAAAUGAAAUCGAAGGGAAACAGUUCUUCAUUCAGUGUUUUCUCACAUAUAAAGCCAUCGGAAUUUAAUUGCAAAAAACGAAAACCCCAGACAAACAUGAUUUUGUAACAAAAAAGGAUUUUGGAACUUUGCUAAACAAAAAAUAGGUUUCGCCUCGGGACUAGAUCGCUCAUCGAAAUAACCCAUUAAGAUCAGAAUCAACAUCAGUUUUUUGGAUCCCGGCUUGUAGUCUUGUUUGGUUGUUCCGGAUUAUAAACACGCAAUUUAACAUGGCGAUCAUAAGUUUAAAGCUCGGAACCAGUACUGAAACUGUUGGGUCGGAGUUUGUAACAUCAGGUAGUUGGAGACCAAAUGAUAGUUUUGUCGCCCAAUCGGCGGAAAGAAACGAUACUUUAAAGGAGCAAUUUACAAAUAUCAGUGACAUUUUCGAAAGGAAUAAUUCAUUAAGUGAUUUAACCUCGCAAAGUGUCAAACAUCUACAAGAAAUUACUACAAAACUUUUUAAUUUCGAUAAAAGUGCUAAUAUCAAUACUACUAAGGAAGUGACGUUUUAUCCAGAUGAAGUGACGUCACAGAUUGUCAUAGGAACUGCAGAAAAGGUUAUAAUUGGUGCUGGUGUAAUUGUCUUAGUUCUCGCAGUUGUUGGAAUCAUACUGCGCAUGCUCGGGCCUUAUUGCCGGUCACGUGAUUCAGAGGUCAUUGAAGAUCCGGAAGAUAUUGGUACCAUAGAAACACUUCCGGUUAAAUUAAGCGUUUCGAGUGGGCUAGACUGCCUUGCAUCGUCGGACAGUAGCGGAAUCGGAAGUGCUCAAAGUCAGGAUUGCUCCAAUUCAACCGGAAGUACGCCGAUCUCAGAUUGGUCUUCGAUUUCUUCCGACAUUAAUAAAUCUGCGGAGAACCAGUCCACAUCCGAGAUAUCAGACCAAAGCAUGUCGGGAAAAGACAAAACUAAUAAGAAAACCAAAGAAAAUUUGCUCUCUGUACCACGUGUUUAUAAUGGCAGAAUGUCCAGCGUAAGCUCCCCUUCUCUUCACCAUAAGUUAUCAUGUGACCAGCCGCCCUAUGAGAGGUCUCACUCACUUGAACCUGCCCGGUUUUCCGACAGUUACAGGGGAAGAUGGGACGAGCAAUGGGAUCCCCUUGGCUACGCCCCGCCUGGAAGUCUAAGCUAUCAAAGUCAUCCGUCUGAAAGUCGUCUGAGCAUUAAUUCACUUCCAUCGAUGACGUUAUCAAAUACGUCAUCAAAUCCGGGAGGUGCCGAGUUUCCAAUACCACCACGUGAUCUCGUGAAACAGUUACACCAAGAUAAAGAAAAGAGAUAUCCAACCAAUACAAAAACUCACCAAACUGCAAAAAAAGGAAAGCACGUUCGUUUAUCCCCACCAUGUGACCGGAAGUCAUCUGAUCGUUGACCGGAAGCUGCACUGUUUCGAUGCGCAGAACACCGGUGAUAGAUAAUGCAUUUUCCGGCUGAUACCAAAUGUGAUAUGAUGAAGAAAGAAGAGACUGAGAGAAAACAAUUGCGAAUAAAGUGCAAAUCUAUAUGUGAUCAAUAUUUAUUAUUAUCGAACUGUUUAGUUAUAAAUGUAUCUUUGUACUAGAAUAAGAUGUAUAUCUAUAUGAAACUAACGGUGAAAUCUGAUGUAGAAUGGUUUUCACCUUGUUAUGUUUUAUUGAACAUAAAAACUAUAACAUAGAAUAUAUAUCUCAUAUCAGAGAAAAACGCGUGACUAACACUACGGUCUUAAAUUAUUGGAAAAUCAGGAAAGUAUUAAAUUUGAAGAUUUAUCUACAAACCAUUCUACAAUAUGAAAAGCACGAAAGGUGAUGAACACAAUAGAUGUACCGGAAGCAUUGUAAACUGUAUGUCAUUAUACUCUAGUGAGAUGUUGAAACGUGUAGGUAUCUCAGUAUGCUAUUUUUGGUUGAAGCGGAAAGGGCGUCCCCUUUCGUAGGAACAUGUUGAAAAACAACAACAGUCAAUCGAGGAACUAUUUUUAAGACUUCAGAACUAACUUGAACACUUGUUGGAACCAACAUUAAUGUGUGUGCCUAGACGUUCGGAAUUACGCAUAAUUACGCCCCCUGGAAUCAGUUUUGAUUGAACUGACUGUUAUAUUGACUUGUGAUCAAUUCAAUAACUUAUUUGUACUAAAAUGCAUUGAAUCAUAAGCAAUAUAAUUGACAUGAUUUUUGUCAGGUUUUUGAAUGAUCGUUUGUUUGUCUGUCUAUGAAUUGUGCAUAUUAUCAUUGAAAAUAUUAUCACAAAAAUAGAUGUUGUUUCGCUUGUAUGUCAUAAGGCCAUGCCACAGAAUAUCCUCACAAAGAAAGAUUAGUUAUUUCCCUUUUAAGUCAUUUAGUCAUGACACAUAAUAUCCUCACAAGAGAAAAGGAGUUGUUUCCCUUGUAUGUCAUAAGGCCAUGCCACAUAAUAUCCUCACAAGAGAAAAGGAGUUGUUUCCCUUGUAUGUCAUAAGGCCAUGCCACAGCAUAUCCUCACAAAGAAAGAUUAGAUAUUUCCCUUUUAAGUCAUUUAGUCAUGACACAUAAUAUCCUCACAAAAGAAGAGGAGUUGUUUCCCUUGUAUGUCAUAAGGACAUGCCACAUAAUAUCCUCACAAAAGAAGAGGAAUUGCUUCCCCUGUAUGUCAUUAGGCCAUGUACAAACCCAAAAAAUAUUAUUUAUAAAUUUUACAAUAAAAAUACUAAUAAAAACCAAAUGACUUAAAAUAUUAUUUUUGAAAUGAACGGAGUUAUUUAUAGCGAGGUCACACCUGUUCCGAGGCAAUAACAAGGAGGUGAACGGCCUUCCUUAUUAUUUAUUUUUCAAUGUAUUAGGCCGUUGUUAUGCAACAUUUCAAUCUCGUAUGUAUUGUUAUGAACGUGCACAGCAUAAUAGUAUAAGGUGUUUUGAAAGUAAAUGAUUUAAUGAGUUGUUGUAUGAUGAAUAUGUUGUUUAUUGGUUAUAAUACAUUUUAUAAAUGCAUAAUAUUUACAGGAAUGUGAUUAACACAUGUUGUUGCAUUUCUGAUUAUUAUAUUUUGUUCAUAUUAAACUAUUUGCUCGAAUAAAACGAUAAAGUGAAA